GUUUUUCGAUAUAAAGAUAAAUAAGAAAUGGGUUCCUCAAUCAAUGGGAAGCAUCAGUAUCUGGCUGGCAUUUCUGCGAAUAUACUUAGCAUAUCAUAUGGCUGUGUUUAUGGAUGGACGUCUGCUAGUUAUGUAUAUCUCCAAGAUGAAUCGAAUCAUUUUACAACGUGCAGGUUGACCAAAGUACAACUUGGAUGGGUAACUGCUGCGAUAUUUCCAGGCUCCCUCUUGGGUGCAAUAUUCUAUGGAUGGCUGGCAGAUAAGAUAGGACGAAAACGUUGUCUGCUUUUCUCGGCGUUGCCAAUGUUGGUACAUUGGUUCAUCAUACCCUUUGCCCAUAGCCCCUUUCAACUAAGUGUGGCACGUUUGCUUGCCGGAUCUACCGGAGGUUGCUGCUUUACGGUCAUUCCCAUUUACAUCACAGAAUUGGCUCAUGAUAGACUCCGGAGUACGUUGGGCACUUUUCUGGCUCUUGGUUUGGCCGUCGGCAUGUUGAUCAUAAAUAUUUUGGGAUAUUUCUUUCAUUACAUCACUGUUGCUUGGAUAAUGGUUGCCAUUCCCUUAGUGUUCAUUGUACUCUUUUUCUUCAGUCCCGAAUCACCUCAAUAUCUUGCUCAGCACAACAUGAAAAAAGCGGAGCGAUCAUUGAGACACUAUCGAGGAAUUUCUUCAUAUGGUGAUACCAAUGAGGAGUUUCAACAAGAGCUGAGGAAACUGUGUAAACCUGAGCAACCAAUUCAAGUGAAAGAGAAAGCGGGAACAGCUCAACUUAGUUGGCAGGAUUUUACUCAUCCAAAAGCGCGAAAGGCCUACUUAAUAGGUCUGGGUCUAGUCUUGGCCAAUCAGUUGACCGGAUGCUUGGCCAUGCUUAACUACGUGACACUUAUCUUUAAGGAAGCUGGUUCUAAUAUUUCACCAAUGUUAUCUACGGUCAUUGUCAGUAUUAUGCAGGUCUUAGGCACAUAUGCCUCUACACUUUUUGUGGAACGUGCGGGAAGAAAGACUCUAUUGCUCAUCUCCACAUCUGGAAUCUGUCUAGGCGAAUGUGCAAUGGCAUCCUAUUACUAUCUGACUACCGAGGGAUAUGAUACAAACAAGUUUACCUGGAUCCCCAUAGCUUCAUUCUCCGUGAUACUCAUUUCCGGCACCUGUGGUGUGAUGUCCAUCGUCUUUCCUGUAAUUGCUGAGAUUACACCUCCUAAAAUUCGUAGUAUUGUAGUCAGAGUGCAUAUGACAACGAUGUUUCUUCUGGCCACGGUUCUUGUUAAGUUAUUUCCUUUUCUAAGUGAAUCUUUGGGUAUCGAUGGUACGAUUUUCCUGUAUGCUGGCUUUUCGUUUCUCUUGACUCUGUUUAUAACCAUCUUUGUUCCUGAAACAAAAGGAAAGACCAUCGAAGCUAUUCAAGAUAUCUUAUAGAUUUAAAAAUAAAAAAUUACAAAUUUCGGUAAUCUAAAUAUGAAUAAAAAUCGUAAUUAAAAUAAAA